AUGGGUACAAAUAUGUACCCAUCUUCAUCCCUGCUUGGUGAAGACAAGGAGGAAGAAGCUACGACGGCCACACCUAAUACAGAGGGUGGAAAUAACGGAGAGGGAGGGUGGGUUGGGGAUGGAGAAGAGUGGUUCUUGAAAAUGACGGGAUUG